UAUUUUCUCCCCAUCAAAAAAGGGGCCAGCGACUAAAGACUCUUCUGGGUACUCGGAGACAUCAGCUUUUUACUCCACCGGUCAACUGUGAGUGUAGUUUAUUCGCUUCCUCCUCGAUUGUGAUAUAGAGAAACACUUACGGAUUGCCAAGUUUAAAGUUAUGGCACUAGUGAAAGAGGACCGCUGCGAGGAGUCUCAUAAGUAUAUGAGUUUGGCUCUGCACCAGGCCAAGCUUGCUCUGGAGGCUCUUGAAGUUCCUGUGGGAUGUGUCAUUCUUGAGGAGGGUAACAUCAUUGCUUCAGGGCGUAACCGAACUAAUGAGACACGCAAUGCCACAAGACAUGCAGAGAUGGAAGCAAUCGAUGAACUUAUUGGACAAUGGCAAAAAGAUAGACUCUCACCCUCACAAGUCGCUGAGAAAUUCUCGAAAUGUGUUCUUUACGUAACAUGUGAACCUUGCAUAAUGUGUGCAUCGGCCUUAUCGUUUCUCGGUAUAAAGGAAGUAUAUUACGGAUGCGGAAAUGAUAAAUUUGGGGGUUGUGGCUCCAUAUUGUCGCUUCACUUAGGGAGUUCUCAGACUGAAGAAGGUCAAGGAGGAAAAGGGUACAAGUGCAAAGGAGGAAUAAUGGCAGACGAAGCUGUCUCUCUUUUCAAAUGUUUCUAUGAGCAAGGCAAUCCCAACGCCCCAAAGCCACACCGCCCUGUAGUUCAAAGAGAGAGAGGACUUAGCCUCUUAGAGACGAACAUGGUUUGAAAAUUGACGUUUCUGAUUUAGAGUAUGAAGAAGUUGAGGGGGAGUUUGUCAAAUGAUGAUUCUAUGUAUGUUUUUGCUACUUUUGGCACAUGAAACAUUGUUACCUAUAUUCAAAACUUUUUUAUAUUCUCGUAA